CUGUUAUUUCUUCGCCUUUCAAAAGGGCUUCCGGCUCCGUCUAUAUCUUUCAUUUUAUUUCUCCUCCUUUUUCUCGCUAGCUCUGCAACUUCUCUCUUUGCUAUUUCAUUAUUUGGCUCCUAGGGUAUCGCCAAACGGAUCUCUUAGCUUGCAUUUCCUUUUGUUCUAAAAUGUCAUUCUACAAUUUAGACCACUGUGAUCUUGUGAUUGGUGAUCGAUCUGAGCGAUUCGACGCUAAUUUUGGAUACUUCAGCAUUGCAAUUGAUUUCGUUUCUUAAAUUUUUUGUUAUUUGUAUAAUCAGCUAGCUGAUACUCAAUAGUAGAUGUUUUGUUUAGAUUUUUAUUUUAAAAAAUACAUUCUUUUGUGUUGCAGUGAAGGGAGAAAUGGCGGCUCAGGAAACAGUGUUUACACCGUCAUUGGAAGGAAUGAAGCAUGUGAAAUCUGAGCAAGGAGAAAUGCUUACCAAACCUUUCUUGGAUGUCUGCAAAUUGAUUUUGCCUGUCAUCGAUAAGUUUGGAGCUGCUAUGGCCCUUGUAAAAUCUGAUAUUGGCGGUAACAUAUCGAGGUUGGAAGCCAAAUAUUCAUCCGACCCAACUAAAUAUACCCACUUGUACACUAUGGUUCAAGAGGAAAUUGAUGCUAAAACAGCCAAAGGAUCAUCUAGUUGUACCAAUGGUCUUCUUUGGCUAACCAGAGCAAUGGAUUUCCUUGUGGAACUUUUCCGCAAUUUACUUGCUCAUGCAGAUUGGACAAUGUCACAAGCCUGCAUAGAUGCCUAUGGCAAGACACUUAAAAAAUUUCAUGGCUGGCUUGCUAGUUCUAGUUUCACUGUUGCUAUGAAGCUUGCUCCAGAUAGGAAGAAGUUCAUGGAAGUGAUAGCUGGCUCAGGUGAUAUUGGUGCCGACAUGGAAAAUUUUUGUGCAAGCUUUUCACCUUUUCUUGAAGAGAACCACAAAUUCCUGGCUAGUGUUGGCAUGGAUGAUUUAAAAGCUUCAUAACGGAAUAGGGCUUUCUGGUGCGCAGCCAUGGUUUUCUGCUACUCUUUUGUUCUUUAAUAUAUUCGCUUAAAACUUAAGAUGAGAAGUGAUUUGGUUUUAAGCAUUUAUUUCAAAUUAUACAGUUAUACAGCUUUUUCGUGUUGCUAUUCCAACCUUUUAAGCCAUCCUUCUCGCUUGUUCUUAGUUGAUGAUUCGAAUCUCGAUUUAUUGUUC